AUGAAAUUAAGUAGCCCUCGAUACCAGGGGGUCGACGACAUACCUGAAGAUGCUUUAUUCAAUCGCAUCCGGAAGAAGCACGUGCCGUUUCGAAUAUUCCGGCGCGCGAUAACGAUGUCUCGUCUGCAGAGCUGGACCUUGAUGGUAGGGGUGCUCGGCGGCGCCGCGUUUUUCAUAGGCCCCUGGCUUUGGGAUGAAAUUCAGGAAGCGACGCACAAAAAGUUUAUCCCCUUGCCACCCUCGUCGAUGCCACGUACAUCGCCAACGUGGUGGGAGAAUGAGUGGCAAAAAGGCAACCCCCUGUGGCGCCACGGCGAGGACGCCAGCGACUUUUACAAAGCCGUCUAUAACUUUAUAUGGUCGCAGACCGGGCGAGACUUGUCGACGGCCGAACGAUUUAUCGCAUCCAAUCCCGAUCCCAAAGUUGCACAAGGAGCCAAAUGCAAGACAAAAGAUGGUGAGCUCAAGGCACUACCUGAGGUGUUGGUGCCCCUGUGUGGGGACUCAUUGAUCAUACGUACAAUGGGGAUCCAAGGCUACGAUGUCCACGGUAUCGAGGUAUCCGAAACGGCGGUGCGUUCUUUGGUUCAACGUACAGAGCUUUUGUUGCCAAUCCAAUCGUACAAAAACAUCCACAUCCACUGGGAUGAUUUCUUUUCAACGUCGCUGUGGGAAGGACCUCUUAAAGGCAAGAAGUUUGAUAUUAUUUAUGAACGUCAGGGUAUAACGUCGCUUAACCGUGAUCAGCGCCCGAACUAUGUGUAUUUGCUCAAACAAGCGCUGAAGGAUGAUGGACUUAUUUACGUAGAGGGCAUCUUUCGCACCGGUAGGGUGAAAGGUAACAAGGUUCGCGGGCCACCCUAUUCGCUAUCACACAAAGAAAUCGAGUAUCUUUUUCCAACUUCUGAAGGUUACUUUGUGCGUUGUGAGGAGAAAGUGAGCGCGAUGUCGCGGCUUAGCCUAGAAGAUCGUGUCCUACGACGCGUACCACAGGAACUAUAUGUAACACCAUUUAAGUGUGUAGUAUUUCGUGCCGCAGGUGUCAAUCUGAAGGAACGUGAUGCAUUUGUCUCAGCCGAGGCAGAAAAGUGUAGAAAAUAA